AUGGAUUUAGAUGAUGUUGAAGAUAAUUCUCCUUCUUCCACUGUUACUCAUUCAGUUGGUGUUAUUUAUCGUACUCCUGAGGUUGUUGGAUCAUUUAGCCCUGGUGGUACCACUAAGGAAUGGAUUCCAAGUGUUCCCGAAGAGUUAAAUCCUUGUUUGGGGAUGAUAUUCAAAGAUCCCGAAGAGGGUCUUAGUUUUUAUAAAGCAUAUGCAAAUGCCGCUGGGUUUAUUUCUAGGAAAUCUACUACUUUAAGGAAGAAGAAUAACAAAGCUAUAAUUGCUUUUCAAUAUGGAGUUUGCAAUAAGGAAGGUUUCAAGGCAACAAAAAAACCUAUUGCUCAACAAACCGUUGAUGAAGAAGGAAAAGUUCGUAUUACUAGGAAAUGUUUAGUCACUCGUGUAGGAUGCAAUGCUCACAUAUGUAUGAGAUAUGAUGUCGGAAAGUAUGUUGUUAUUCAUUUCAAAGAAGAACAUAAUCAUUGUUUAUAUACUCCAAGUUGUGCAAAAUUUCAAAAGGAUAAUAGAAAAAUGCAUAUUAUGCAUAAGAAGUUGAUUGUUGAUAAUUCAAAGGUAAAUGUUGGUCCUGUGAGGUCUUAUAUAAUAAUGAAAGAAUUAGCUGGAUCACGUGAUAAUGUUGGUGCAUCUAAACAAGAUUUCAAAAACUUUUAUAGAGAUUUGAAGACUUAUAUUGCUGCACCAGAUGCCCAAAUAUUUGUGGAUAACUUUCAAAAUAAGAAAUUGCUUUGGAAACAUAGGUUUUGUAUGUGGCAUAUUAUGAAAAAGGUGCCUGAAAAAGUAGGUCGGGCAAUUACCCAAGAAACUGAUUUUUUGAAAAAACUUUGUGCAUGUGUUUGGCAUUUAGAGAUUGAGCAAGCAGAAUUUGAAGAAAAGUGGAACAAAGUUAUUUCAGAAUUCAAUUUGAACGAUCAUGAUUGA